CAGCGUAACGACAGUGAAGAAGUGGAGGACAAGUCCUGUAAUCCCUCUGCAACUACAGCGGCCAGGACUCGUGAUUGGCUCGCACGUUUGAGGUAAAACGUCCGCCCGGCCAAUCGACUGUGAUCAAGUGUCCACUCGGUGAACACAGGAACCCACGGGGGAACGUCUAUAAAACCCUGUGCUGUGGGAGUGUUCAGCAGAUACGCUGAGUCUCCUCAUUCCAGUCUUCAUCAUUAGAAGAUUUACUAUCUCACAGGAAUGAUGAUAACGCUCAAACUGUGGACUCUGCUUGUUGCCUGUGUGCUGAUCGUUUGUCAGGUGUACGUGUCGCACGCUGCUCCGUCCAGAAGUAACAAGGGGUCCAUGUCAGAUGGAGUCACACUGUCAGACGACGACGCACAGCGGUUACUCAGAGCGAUCAAAGAGUUCAUGCAGAUAGCCUCAGACGAGCAGGACCACCAAACAGCUGACGGCAACAGCCUGGAUAGAGCCAUGUCUAAGCGUUGCACCAGCUUGAGCACGUGCGUGCUGGGCAAACUCUCCCAGGACAUUUACAAGCUGCAGGCCUAUCCCCGCACCGACGUGGGAGCAGGGACCCCGGGCAAGAAGAGAAGUCUAUCCCAACAAUACGAGAACUUCGGCAGCUCGUACAAUUGAAAACGCAGUUUGUCCCGGGUUGACUCGCGCUUGCUCGUCCAGCCAUGUCCACGCUGGUGUGAUGUGAAUCCUCGUUGUCAGACUAACUCACCAACACUUUCAUCAUCUUAUUUUGACCAUUUUCCAUUAGAUUUUGACAGAGAGAAUUUAAAUCUUAGCAUUAGCGACAACGUUUUUGUUUUGCAUUUCCGUACAAUAAAAAAAAAACAACAAGAACGACUCAAAACCUCGCUUAUGUUUUCUUUUUAAAACAUGGAACCUGCUUUACUGUAAAUACUGAGAUCAUACCUCACUCAUAGAAUAAGAAAAUGAAGAAAAGGGUAAGCAUGGCUGUCUUUAACACACACACAAUGUCUAGAGUAGGGCUGUCAUCUGCAAUUCUUAUAUCUGUUUGAACUUGCAGGGGGACGUUUAAACUCCAUCCAUCCAUCUUGUACUGCUUUAUCCUCCACAUGAGGGUCACAGGGUCGCUGACAUAGGGCAGUAGGCGGGGUCACAGGGACACAUAGAGGCAAACAAUCUUCCACUCACACUCUCACACCUACGGUCAAUUUAGAGAGUCCUAUUGACCUAAAUCUGCGUGUUUUUAAAACUCUUUCCUUACAAAUUCAAUCACACCGUCUGAAGUAAUGACCACAUGGGCCAACAGAGGGGGCACAUACUCUAAUAUCACUAAAGUGACAGCCCUAUUCUAGAGACUGGAACAAACGUGCAUAAUGC